GAGUGGUCAUGUUGAGAAGAAUACAAUCUGAUUUUUUGCAGUAGAUGUUUGUUUAAUCAUCUUGGAGAUCUUGUUCCACCACUAAGACAUAUCUAGUUAGGCACAGGUAACUAUGGACCUUGAUAGUAUGAGGCUUCCAGAAGUGUCUUUUUAUUGGUAGAUGAGGCUUUUCCAUGCUGAUCCUGAGAGUUGCCCCUGAGUCCCCUGCAGCUUCCCUUCCGGGGCCCACUGGCAUCUCAUCCCUAAGAGGACUCUGUGUCUGGUGGAAGUUGCCAUGCUGCUAUUGGCCAUCCUCUUAUUUUGCUUCCCUCUGGCACUGGGACAAUAUGAUAUCUGCAAAUCCUGGGUGACAUCAGAUGAUGGUCCCUCAUGGGAAUAUUAUGCCUGCCAACCAAAGCCCAUGGUAAUGAAAGAAUAUGCCUUGGUGAAAGUGGACCCUCCUGGAAUUACCUGUGGGGACCCCCCUGAACGAUUCUGCACACAUGAAAACCCAUACCUCUGUAGCGAUGAGUGUGAUGCAUCAAACCCUGACCUUGCUCAUCCGCCUAGCCUGAUGUUUGACAAAGAAGAGGAAGGUCUGGCCACCUACUGGCAAAGUGUCACCUGGCGAAAAUACCCUGAGCCCUUGGUUGCCAAUAUUACUUUGUCUUGGAACAAGAGUAUUGAGCUUACAGAUGACAUUGUGGUGACUUUUGAGUAUGGACGACCUACAAUUAUGUUGAUGGAAAAGUCCCUAGACUAUGGCAGGACUUGGCACCCAUACCAGUAUUAUGCCGACGACUGUAUGGAAGCAUUCAGCAUGCCACCCAGAAAGAUCAAAGAUCUGACAGCUACAACUGCGAACCGAGUGCUGUGUACAGAAGAAUAUUCCCGCUGGGCGGGCUCCAAGAAAGAGAAAAAUGUACGUUUUGAGGUUCGAGAUCGUUUUGCCAUUUUUGCUGGUCCAGACCUCAAAAAAAUGGAGAAUUUAUACACCCGGAUGGAAAGUGCAAAGGGCUUGAAGGAUUUCUUCACUCUGACGGACUUGAGGCUCCGCCUCUUGCGCCCAGCACUUGGGGGGACUUAUGUACAACGUGAGAACUUGUACAAGUAUUUUUAUGCUAUCUCUAACAUCGAGGUGACUGCCAGGUGUAAAUGCAACUUGCACUCCAAUGCCUGUAAUUUCCGCGAGGGGGCCUUGCAGUGUGAGUGUGAGCACAACACCACCGGUCAGGACUGUGGGAGAUGCAAGAAAAGCUUCCGCAACAAGUCUUGGCGAGCGGGAUCCUACACACCUUCACCUCACGGAUCCCCCAAUGCAUGUGCAGCUGCUGGUUCCGCCUUUGGCAACUGCGAGUGUUAUGGACACUCCAAUCGCUGUAGCUAUAUCGACUUCCUGAAUGUGGUCACUUGUGUCAGCUGCAAGCACAAUACACGAGGACAACACUGCCAGCACUGCAGGCUCGGGUUUUACCGUAAUCUCACUGCUGAGAUGGACGAUGAAAAUGUCUGUAUAGAAUGUAACUGUAAUCAGCUGGGCUCCUUGCACGACCGCUGCAAUGAAACGGGAUACUGUGAAUGCAAAAGAGGAUCGACUGGUCCGAAGUGCGAGGACUGCCUGCCGGGUUACCACUGGCGACAGGGCUGCUACCCCAACGUCUGUGAUGAAGAACUUCUGAUUUGCCAGAAUGGUGGAACUUGCCACCUCGGGCAGAAAUGCAUCUGCCCGAGUGGCUUCAAGGGAGCCCUAUGCCAGGAUGCCAAAUGUGACCCCACCCAUAGGAACUGUGACUCAUCGUCCAGCAGCCUAACCAGCUCCAUCCUGACGGUCUGUUUGUUACUGCUGGGAACUGUGGACAUUUAAAGCCCUGAAUAUUCUAGGCUGAGCAAGCUUCAGGGGAGCACUACAGACCAUGCAAUCCCAGACAAGCUGCCCUAGGAAUGGGGGAGUGUGUCUGACAACUUCUGCAGUGCCUUUAUUGCCCUUAAAGGCACAGAAGCACCAGGGCAGCCUGUAGAAGCAGAGAAGUGGCCCUAACGUGAAAGUGGGACCAAGAGGCGGACUGUCAUUGUUAGUAUCAAUCCACUGUCUGGCUGUAGAGACACCAGAUGCAUCGAGGAUCACCAUGGCAAAUAGAGGGACGCUUUCCUGGGAAUAUAAACAGUGUUUUGGGGGGUCACAGCAAAGUCACAUGGACACAUUUACUUAACAGAGGGAACCUCCUCAUAGGACCCUUCAGAUGACAACGUGGGAGAGAGGCCACGUGUGCCAAACACACCUUACAAUAGAUACACAGAUAGCACAUGCACUGCACCAUGCUGGGGGCACCCGGAUAAGGACUGUGGCUCUGACUGUUGGUUAUUUUGUUUUAUGGCAGAUUGCUGCUUUUCUGUGUUAAAUCACAGUGAAAUGUUAUUAUGGAAGGUGUAGUCCUGAACUACAAAGAUAUAAAUAAGAAUAAGAAAAAUCUUCCUUUGUAUUCACACAACCCAGAGUUGCACAGAGGUAGACUUCCGCUCUCUAUAGUCCUAUCACAGCACAGGUCGCUAGCAUUCUAGAGCGCAAACUCAUUACCAUUUCUCUAAAUGAAUAUUGUACAUUUGUUAGUUUUACCUUUUUCAGCAGGGUGUAUAGUUACAAGGGUAAUUUAGCUCUUAGUAAGUUUCCCCUAAGCCACAGGGAACUGCAGCAGACUGAUUGUUAGCAGCAAACUGAGUUACACAUAUCUAGCACGAGAUUACACUACUGAUCGUUUUCACUGUGAUGUGUUAACACUCGCAUUGCCAAGAGGGCCUUCAGUGAUUUUAUUUGGAUGACCCUGACAGCAACGGGUUAAACGGGGACUAGUCAAUGGUUGCAUCGGCUUUACUAAAAUAGAGACAUUCAUAAAGCAAGAACACAGCAGAGCAGGGGUUAAACACAGAAAAUAUAUUGAUAUAUUGUAUAAAGAGGUUUUUUUUUCUAGAAAAUUAUUUUUGUUUCCAUUUAAAUGUAUAUUACAAUUCACAGAGUGAAAGCUUUAUUGUAAAGACUUGGACAUGUUAAAUACAAAAAUAAAAAGGAAGAAAUCUAAAGUAAA